CCUGAAGGUAUAGGUGGAUUCGUGUGUUAUUCCUGAAUCUUGACAAGCCGCUAUCAUGAGUAAGCUCUUUGUUAGUGAUGAUGAAGAUGAGCCUAUGACGAACACUGGGAGUGAGUCGCCAACUUUCAUACCGCAAGACCACGGAGAGGAUGAAGAUCCAGUGGUUUCGGAGAUUCCAAUGAUAAUCACUUCUAAGCCGGCUCAGACUCAACUAUGUGCUUUACAAUACCCAGGCCGUCCUUCAGCGAGACAUUACGAGAACGAAUCACACGUCCUGAGCACCAGAUUAAAACCAUCCACCGACCUCUUAGAGGCAGAUGUACCAAUUGAUACAAGCAAGUUCUUUGACGUCAACAAGAGCGAUGAAUGGGGUGGAGUUAACAAGCAGACAUUGAGCGGUGUACUGAUUGGUCUAGAGGGGUAUUACGCUGCCAACGUACAAAAUGGGGAGAUUGUUCUUUGCCAGUUGGACAAAGUUGCACAGUUGAGACCUAGCUUGAACUAUAUCGACAAAGAAAUAGCGACAGCCAGGGACUUACACAGAUUAGAGAAUAACCACUCAGGUAGAGAUACGGUACAGGUUGUUCAGAUGUCUGUUAAGAGCUCUAACGACAAUGCUCCAAGAUUGGGGGAGGCAUUAAUGGCUAGAAAGAAAGUUGAAGAUGAGUCCUUUACCCAACUUCCCUGGGUUGAUUCUUCUUCAGAGGCAUCAUUAGCACUGAAGAAAGAGAUCUUCCAAGCAGACAAUAGAAACGUGUUGAGAUCCAACACCAACGAAGAAGACUACAUAGGUCUGUUGGUCAAAGACAUAUCGGCCAACUGAAACUGCGGCUCCAUCGUAUCAAUUCACGUUUACCAUUAAUGUACAUUUCUCUUCUACUUGUAGACAUUGAGACAGUGUGGGGAUGAUGUCAUGCUAUCACGCUGUCCAAUUGGUCCAAGCUUUCGAACUGGUCUUGCUGCCCAACCCUUCUGAGCGCCUCUCUCUUGGAACUUUCAACUAUAUCGCCACCAAUCAACAGCUCAUCCAGUAUAUGGUAUGCCUUCUGGAAGUUGAAUAUGAUGUCCAACUCACACACGUUGCCAUACGCUUUGUCCAUCUGUUCGACAAACCUAUGGAUUAUGUCCAAUGUUAGCAAUUCGUUCUCUUCGUUGUCCACACCUGCGAUGAAGAAAAGCGAAGCGUAGCGUCUAUAAACUAUCUUAGAGU